AUGCUGACUGAAAAUGGACAGGUGAGCAUUAUGGGACUUUUUUUAAAGCGUGGGGCAUCUUUGGGGGCCAGACUUGAAUUGGUUAUAACUUUUUUAUUUUUUGGCCAAGAGUUCAGAUUGAGAUUUUCCUGAGUUCUCAGAGCUUCCCUGUUUGUUUGAUGCCACAAAUGUUAUAGUAAACUGAUACCUUCAUGUUGAAAAUGAAAAAUAUUGAAAAUCGAUUUUAUUGCGGGAAAGGCAGAGCAUAAAUGUGGCAAUAUCGGGUCCAAAAGUCUCAGAAUUUUACGUAAAAUACGAUACACGAAAAAGUCGAAAAAAUCAAUUCCUCUGUGGUGAAAUCCCGGAUUCAAAAAAUAUGCAAAUUUUUGAAUUAAAAAAAUAUCCCGACCAUUACGCCUGUAAUCCUCCCCGUUCCAGAAAAUCGCGCAAAUGAGGGAUUACGUGAACUCCGGUGCUACCCGCUCCUACGAUUUUCGAAUGGAGCAGAUCCGCAAAAUAAAACAAAUGCUGACCCUCGAAAGCGAUCGCAUUUGCGAGGCCAUCUACAAAGACACUCGUCGGCGGCCCGAAUUCACCGAGUUCUACGAGAUUGGUGUGGCCAAAAUGGAAUGCGACCAGUUCUUGGACAAUCUGAAGGAGUGGAUGGAGGAUGAGUACGUCGAUCGGACGCUGGUCUGCAUGCUGGACACUCCGUAUGUGCGCAAAGAGCCGUUCGGUGUUUGUCUGUUGAUCUCACCCUUCAAUUACCCCAUUAAUCUGACUGUCCCGGCGUUGAUUGCCAUGAUUGCGGCGGGGAAUUCGGUGAUCCUAAAGCCGAGUGAAUUGACGCCGAAUACGUCGGCAUUGUUCGAGGAGAUGUAUCACAAGUAUUUUGAUAAGGUGAGAGAUUUGAAAGCUGAGGAGAUUGCAAAAUUUUUCCCUGUUAACCUGCUAAACUAUCAACCUUUUUAGCGGCUAAUUCAAGUGAUUCAAGGCGAUGGUCCCGCGACUGCAGCGCUUCUGAACGAGCGAUUUGAUCACAUUUGUUAUACUGGAAGUGAGAGAAUUGGGAAACUGGUCAUGGCCGCUGUCAGCAAGCACUUGACACCAGUUGUACUUGAGCUUGGAGGCCAGAGGUAGAUUUUACUUCAAUUUUUCAUAUCUAAUCACAGAUGCCUCAAACUUUUGGCAACUUUUAGCCUAAAAAUCUCAUUUUUUAAAGCUAAAUAUCUCAUAUAUACCUUGAAAAAUCUACCUCAAAUUUUUAUCAAGAUCUCAUCAAAUCUGAGCGUCGCAGUUCGACCAUUUUCUCUAUUAAUGCCGUCUCAAUUUCAGCCCCGUCCUCGUCGAUGAAACCGUUGAUCUCGAAAUCACCGCCCGCCGAAUCCUCUGGGGCAAAACCUCCAAUGCCGGGCAAACAUGUCUGGCGCCAAAUCAUUUGAUCACAACCGCGGAUGUGAAAUUCAAAUUGUUGCCGAUUUUAAAGCGGAUUCUUGUCGAAUUUUAUGGAGAAGACGCGCAAAAGAGCAACGAUUUUAUGCGAUUGGUCUCGCAUCAUCAUUUUGAGUAAGUCUAAAUUUUUUGCUCGCCUAAUACAGUACUUGUGAGAGUUCAAAAAGUUUUGUUCGUUGUAAAAGGUCUUCGCUGUUUAGAGAUUCAAUUUGGCCAAAAACUCGAUUUUAAAGCUUCAGAAAUUGAUCGUUAUAUAGAGGUUUUGUAUUAUGACAGUUUGUUGUACAGACUGUACAAAGAAAUGUUUUUUUUUUUUGCGCUACAAAAAAGGCUUUGUUAGACCCUGUUCUCUGCUUUCAUUACAACAAAAAGUCGAGUAGUUUGAGUCCCGGAACCCGCCGGCAGACUUGUCACAGCCCAUAAUCAUUACAAAUUCAUCGAAAGUAAUCGAGUUGACAUGGGAAAAACUCUGUAGAUUGUUCCCAAAUUGCACCUUGUAUUGGGUCAGCGACCAAUUUCUAAAAGGAUAUGAAAUUUUUAAGGAAAUUUUUGAACAUUUUCAACUAGAUAUAUCUAUUAUAAAAACUUGGAAAUACGCAAGUUUUCUUUUACAAAUUUAUUAAAUUCCUCCCAUUUUCCAGUCGAAUAAAGUCGAUGGUCGAUAAUUCCAAAGGAAAUGUGGUAAUUAAAGCCGGUGAAUUCGACCGCGAUGACUUGUUUAUCCCGCCCAUGAUCGUUGAAGUCGACAAAGAUGACGUCUUAUUAUCAGAAGAAAUUUUCGGCCCAAUUUUGCCGAUUGUUACAGUAGCCGAAUUUGAGGAUGCCUUUGAUCUGAUCAAGAAGAAAGAGAAGCCCCUGGGGGCAUACAUUUUCAGCAACGAUAAGAAGAGGCAGAAAAAAUUCGUGGACGAAAUCAGCACUGGCAACAUUGGAAUCAACGAUUUGAUGCUGAACUUUGCAGGUGAGCAGAGUUGAAGAAAAAAUGAGAUCCUUUUUCAGUUGACACUCUACCAUUUGGCGGCGUUGGUCACAGCGGAAUGGGGCGAUAUCGAGGAAAGGCGGGCUUUGACACCUUCAGCAAUUGGAAGUCCGUCCUUCAUCGAGGCUUCUUUGCCGAUAAUUUGACAGCGUAAGUUCGGAGUUGACUGAAAAUUUAGGGGGCAUGCAGAGGAGGGCUUCGAUGAGUAGAUGUCUACAUAAUAAACAAGAGAAAUGUCAGCAGUGCAGGGCUCAAAUAUUGUUAAAUUUUUGAACACAUUUUAGGAGUAGAGCUCAUAACAAUUACUGAAAGUUUAAGCUCAGGUUUCGUUGAUGAUUUUGAGUUAUUCAAAAAUAUUUACCGAGGAGAUAGUGCGUAAAAGCCGAGUCGGUUUUUGACCUUAUCUCCGCAAGCUUCACCAAGAUUUUUUCGUAAUACCUUUCCGGCAGAAGUAAGACGCAAAAUUUUCAUGCCAAAGCUGCAGAAAAAGUUUCACAUUUUUUUCAAUUUUCAAUCGAAAAAUCCCGAUCGUUUCUGAAAAAAGUUUCAUUAAAACUUGAACAACAAAAUUUGCCCUAAGUUUCAUCAAAAUUUGAGCGUCUUGCUAUCCCUGUAUAUUGCCAAAGACUGAUGUUAAAAAAUCUUCAAGACCAUUUACUAAUUUUUUUUUCCAUUUCAGUUGCCGAUACCCACCCUGCACUCCUGAUAAGUACAAGAUGAUGAAAAGAGCGGGAAAUCGAGUAGUUGUGCCAAAGAAGCUGAAAAAACUCUUCUCAGUAGCCCCAUGGAUCCUCCUUGGCGUCUUUUUUAAGGUUAUUUAUCAACAAUUUGCACAGCAAUUCUAA